AUGAAAGAAGGCGUCACGACUCGUGAUUGCGACUCUAUGGGAAAAAAAUAUGAUUCAUUUUAGGAAAAAAAAAUUAAAAGGUGAAAAAAAGUGAUACUCCGAAUUUUCCCAUUAAACACAAAAAGCUGGAAAACAGAGAAAGAGGGGCUGACAGAGAAGAGAUGAACAAGAAAGAGGUGUUGAAGCUAGCGAAGGGGUUUAGAGGGAGAGCAAAGAACUGUAUAAGAAUAGCAAGGGAGAGGGUGGAGAAGGCGUUACAGUAUUCUUACAGAGACCGCCGCAAUAAGAAGCGCGACAUGCGCUCCCUAUGGAUCCAGCGCAUUAAUGCCGGCACCCGCCAGCACGGUGUGAAUUAUGGUAACUUUAUGCAUGGGCUGGUGAAGGAAAAUGUGCAACUUAACAGAAAGGUACUAUCUGAGAUAUCUAUGCACGAACCAUAUAGCUUCAAAGCCUUGGUUGACAUCUCCAGAGCUGCUUUCCCUGGCAAUAAGAUGACAGUCAUCCCACCUCUCCAAGAAAAAAAGAAGGGUCUUUCACUUCUUGUUUAAUUAUUUCUAUAGAUUACCCUUUCUUGUCAUUUAAAUGGCCUUGUCCAAGUUUUGGUAAUGCCCUCUCCUUCCCGCAAAAAUACUAAUAUUGAGAUUAGCACGGGUAUUUGUUUUUGUUUGUGUUGGUCGAUGAUGGAUGAAACCGGAAAAACAAACACCACCGGCCCUUUGCUCAGAGAGAGCUUUCUAGCCUAUGUAUUGAUGUGUGGCUAAAUGAUAGUUUCUAGCCUAUUAAUUCACGGCUUUGUCGAACUAAUCUAAAUGUGUACUUCCACAUUCUAACACAGUUUCUAUAAUGAACAACAUUAGUUCUCAGGAUAUCUCCAUAUUCAAAUUUAGGUUGGUCAAAGAUGCACG